CAACAGAAGUCGAGUUCAAAGAGAAGGAGGUGGAGUGCAUGCAGGCGAUGCAUGCUCUGCUGAAGGAUGCUACCAACCUUCGAGAUUUCGUGGCGCAGUCCUAUAAGAUCCUUCACGAGACGUCGUUGGAGGCUUACCAGGGCUUUGUAGAUUCUGAGCCGCAGUCUCACUCUUCGGCUUACCCUUCGGCUUACCCCUCGGCCACUGGCUCAAGUCCCACUGAAGUGCAUCCCGAAACAAACCCCUUCGCCACGCCCAGAGGGGCUGGCCCGAGCUCGGCCACGCCUGUGGAAAGCCCACAGUCUGGUCGCAGACAGACCUUGGAUAGUGAAGCUGCUGUUUGA